AUGUCAAGUUUCCAGAAUACCUCAUCCUCUUCUGCCAUUUUUCUGCUAACUGGUGUCCCUGGAUUGGCAGCCUUCCACAACUGGAUCUCCAUUCCCUUUUGUUUUCUCUAUAUAACUGCUCUAUCAGGGAACAGCCUUAUUCUCUUUGCUAUUGUUACCCAGUCCAACCUCCAUGAACCCAUGUAUUAUUUUCUCUCCAUGCUGUCCAUCACAGACCUUGGCUUGUCCAUAUCUACUCUAGUCACAAUGAUGGGUAUAUUCUGGUUCAAUGCCAUGGAAAUCAGAUUUAAUGCCUGCUCAUCACAGAUGUUUUUUAUUCAAUUUUUCACUGUUUUGGAAUCUUCAGUGUAAUUGGCCAUGGCCUUUGAUUAUUUUGUGGCCAUUUCUAAUCCUCUGAAAUAUGUUUCUAUCCUAACUGAAGCUAAAAUAGCACAAAUUGGAGUGGCAAUCAUCACCAGGGGGACAUUAGUAUUAAUACUGUUACAAGUGCUUCUGAAACAUCUAUCAUUUUGUCGAAGCCAUGUUCUCCAUCACUCCUACUGUUUUCAUUCUGAUGUGAUAAAACUUCCAUGCUCAGACACUAGGAUCAAUAGUGUCCUUGGGUUGACUGCUUUGUUAAGUACUGCAGAAGUGGACUCAAUCCUCAUUUUUUUUUCUUAUGUUUUGAUCAUUAAAACCAUCCUCAGCAUUGCCUCCCCAGAAGAGAGAAAGAAAGCCUUCAGCACAUGUAUCUCCCAUAUUGGGGCUGUUGCUAUCUUCUAUAUCCCAUUGAUCAGUUUGUCAUUUGUUCACAGAUUUGGUAAACGGGCCCCUCCUUAUGUACAUACUCUGAUUGCCAAUGCCUAUUUGCUAAUUCCUCCAGUGAUGAACCCUAUCAUUUACAGUGUGAAGACCAAUCAGAUAUGUAGGGCUGUGAUAAAAAAUUUCCAUUCCAAUGCAAUCAAGUAA